AUGAAGCGAGCCAAGACAUUUACGCCCAGCGACGCUGCACCUGAUAAGUCGGCGUCCCCCUCUUCAGCAUCCUCCAGUGCCGCUACUACUGCUACCACUACUACUUCAACAUCGACGACGAGUAUUCCCACUACCGCCGCCGCCGCCACUGUCACCAAGAGACGCCGCAAUAAUCCUGAUGAGUGCUACAAGGUAGCUAGAAUUACGCCCAAUGGUACCGUCACCGAAGCCGGGACGCUGCGGAAGCGUGCACAGAGAGCGUGUCAGCAAUGCCAUGCUCAUAAGACAAAAUGCAGUGGCGACUUGCCCAAGUGUGCACGAUGUCAGCUCAAUGAGUUGCCUUGUGAAUAUACCCCAUCCAAGAGGAAAUUCGCAAAUCUGCCAGGCCAAUCUAGUGCAUCCGCCACUCCGGCUCCGCAGGUAGUCAGAGCGGCAUCAAGUGAAGGCGGCAGUAUCAAGGAGGCGCUCAACGACCAGGCUUCUGCGGCCUUGGACAAUGCCCUUAUUCCAAGCCUGAGUGUACAGGAUCAGCUCCUCAGGAGAGAUGUGAUAUUGAAGCAUGUUGAUGUUUACUUUGAGCAGCUCUUUCAUAUGCCAUGCAUGGGCUUCUUGCAUCCUGGCACCAUUUAUCGUUUGAUCGAGCAGGACAAGCUCCCGCCUCCGCUCGCGGCAGGAAUAUGUUCCAUUACAGCCGACUUCGUCUCUCCUGGCGCUGCUGGGCGCGCUUUUGCCCUCCAGUGCAACGAGCAGCUGGAAUUCUUCGUGCUUCGCAACUGCGCUUUCAUGACCAGAGACUACCUUGUCUACCAUCUGCUCGCGGUCCUGUACAACUGGGUGUCGGGGCCCCUGGCCAAGGUCUGGAUGUGGACGGCGACUGCUAGCAGGUUGAUCAAAUGCCUGCAACUCAACUACGAACCCGACCUACGAUCAUCGCAGGAAACCUAUGCCGAGCGGGAAAUCCAAAGACGCAGUGUCUGGCAAAUAUACAUUAUUGAUCAUUUCCUGUCUGGGGGGCAUGACGAGCACCUGCUACUGCCAUCCUCAUCAAUACAUAUACGGCUGCCAUGCUCGGAUCAGGUUUUCCGAGAUGAACAGCCCUCUACUAUGGAUACACUUGACAAGAUCCCACCCGUACCGGCUAGUCUUGGCGAUAACAGUCUUGACGCUUGCCACGUCAGGUUGCUCACAAUACGCAGCCAAGUAUUACGUGCUACAAAGCGAUUCACAGAUUCCCCGCACGGCCAUUUUUUAGACAUCAUGCGCCCUGAGCAGUUCAUGGAGCAUGUGAAUCAGUUUCAAACAGCUCUUUAUCGAUUUUCUGACUCGCUUCCGGAACACCUGAAAUUAUCCGUGGCCAACGUGGAUUCGCAUAUUCUCCGACCAGAUCGCCCAAGCUACACCAUGUUGCAUACGUGGUAUUGCCAGACCCAUAUAGAGCUUUACUCCUUUUCAUUGCACGCCCUCAAAAAAUCGACUCCCCAGGAUUCUAUACCAUGGGAUUUCUUCCUACGCUCAAAUCAAGACUUCCUUUUCCGUUCACAGCAGCAGGCUGUGUCUUACGCCAUUUGUCUUUCACAGACUUGGGAGUAUAGCCUACAAAACAUCAAAAGAAACCCAUCGGCUACUUUGAAGAGCGGCCUAGUUACAGUUGACUGGAUGGUGGGAGCAUGUGCAGUGGACGUCGUCGAAGUGCUCUUGACAGCCAGGAGAUACAAACUUUACGAGAACCUCCGUGGCAAUACUAGUGCUCAAAUGUGCUAUUCAAAACCUGUUGACGAUAGCUUGCUCGCAGGACUUAUCUCAAAAAUAGUUAUGCUUGUAAAUGAUUUGGCCAUGUUUUUGCCUCGAGUGGAGCACUAUGGAAACGUCAUCCAGGAAAAGAUUAAGGAGUUCGAAGAGGAUAUGAAUAGUGGCAACCACCCAGGUUCUGUCAAAGCCGAAGAUCACGGGCCUACUCCAAGUCCCACGAAUCUCCCAGGAAUGGACAACAUGAUACCACAAACGCAGGUUGGAGUGAAUGUCUCACCCAAGAGCUUGUCAGAUUCGGCAUCGAUUUCGGAAAAAUACUUGAGGAAAAAGUCAACUUCUUUUGAGAGGCCCAUGGGCUACAAUGGCGUCUCUCAAAUCGCGGACCUACCAGUCAUGCCAUAUUGUCUCCGACAGGCUCAAGAUACAUCCCUGGAUGGACCUUUUGCUCCACCGACCACUGGAAACUUCAACUCGAUCCAUUUCAUGGACCAUUCGGCACAACCGUCAUUCAGUCCAGCUAUAGCACCAAACAUGGGCCCGGUGUUUGAGGCGGCCUUUAGAUCUGCGUUGCCAGUGGAUGCGACCAUGCAUGGCCCAAUGCAUGGCACAAUGACUUAUAACCACUGCCCAGUUACAGAAGGCCCCCAAAGCGACAUGCAGACGGCAAUGGCACCAUAUCAUACCGAUGAGAAUAUUUUUGUUACCCAAGGAACACCCUAUGCUUUUCCGAACGAACAACAGCACCAUUCGCCGUGGGUCCAGCACCCAAUUAGAGAUCCACAUUCCUAUACUUGA